AUGCAAGGAACUAUAUUUUGGAUGGCACCAGAAGUAGUUCAUAACGUUGUUCACAAUGCUAGACAAGGUUAUAGUGCCAAAGUAGAUGUGUGGUCUCUGGGCUGCGUCCUAUUAGAGAUGUUUGCUGGACGAAGACCAUGGUCUACAGAUGAAGCCAUCGGAGCAAUGUACAAAUUGGGAACAUCACGACAAGCACCACCCAUUCCAGAGGAUACAAAACCGUUUGUAAGUGCUUUGGGUAAAGACUUCCUCGACCAGUGUUUCACCAUUGACGCCGAAAAGAGACCAACUGCACAACGACUAUUGCACCAUGUUUUCUGUAUGGUAGACCCCGAUUUCUCAUUCCAAGAGACCAAACUUGGAGAGAUGAUCAAAUUUAAUAGUAAAAAACGAGAUAGAAUUAAGCAUUAG